AUGCACUACCUCCUGCUUUGUGCUCUCAUCUUCCUGCCUGAGACUCCUGCUUUUCCACUACUACCAAGACCAGAAUCAUGGAGCAGCAUAGACCUUGAGAAAGUAAAGAGAUAUCUUGAUAAAUUCUUCCCAAUUUUGUCAAAAACACAAAACCUAAGCAUAGAAGAAAGGAUUAAAGAAAUGCAGAAGUUUUUCCACCUGACUGUAACUGGAAAAUUAGACAAAGAAACAGAAGGAAUAAUGAUAAUGCCCAGAUGUGGUAUGCCUGAUGUAGCAGAAUACCAAACAUUUCCUGGAACUCCAAGAUGGAAAAAAACACAUUUAACUUACAAGAUUCUCAGUUAUACAUCUGAUCUACCCAGACGGAAAGUGGAUGAUGCAAUUAGAAGGGCCUUGAUGGUAUGGAGUGAUGUGACUCCACUGCAAUUCCAAAAAGUUGACACGGGCCUGGCAGACAUUGAGAUUAGAUUUGCACGUCGUGAGCAUGGUGAUGGAUCUCCUUUCGAUGGAAGAGGUGGCACGCUGGCCCAUGCAUUCGCACCUGGAGAUGGGAUUGGUGGAGAUGCUCAUUUUGAUGAUGAUGAAAAAUGGUCAGAUGUCAAUCAAGAUGUCAAUUUGUUCCUUGUUGCUGCUCAUGAAUUUGGCCAUUCAUUGGGACUUGCUCACUCCAAUGUCCGUGGAGCUCUGAUGUACCCUCUCUACUCAUAUCAGAACCCACAAACCUUCAGACUUCCAGCAGAUGACAGGAGAGGAAUUCAGAAGUUAUAUGGGAAAAAGCCAUCAAACUCUUGAAGAAAGUGCUUAAUGAAGAGCAAAGAAUUCACAUCUCAUUGUUUUGGUCUUCCAAAAUAAUUUUAAUCCUCCGGCU